UCAAGCUGUCAAUUGGACUCAGUUUAGAAAUUGGGACAGAUGAGAGUAGUCGGAGUUCAAAUUAUUUGGUAUAGAAAUAAAUUUAGAGUUAAGUGAGAUAAUGGAUGCUGCUCGUAUUUAUGAAAGAUAUCUGAGAGCAAAGAUUCGCGCGGAACGGUUAAAUUGCUUAGCCUUGGAGUCAGAUGAAUCGCUGAAAAAAUCUAAGGACCGUUACCGUUUGAGUGGCGGGCGCUUAGCUACAUUUGAUGAAUCUUCGCCGAUGUCGUUCAUUCCCAUACCCGUACCCACGUGCGGAGCGAAGCCCGAUAAUUGUCCAUGCAAUGCUCCACCGCUUUCCACCUGCACGGAGAAGCUAAGCAACGAGAAGCAGCCGGCGGCAGCGAAGGAGUUGGCGAGAAAAGAAAAAGACGACUGUGACCAGGAGAAAAGCCUGAAGAAAACCAAAGUGAAAAACAAAUACAUAUGCAAGUGCAAGCUGCCGGUGAUAGUCGUGCCCUCAAAGCGAUCUAUCGAAAGAGGAUCAAGCUCCAAGUCACGUUUCAAGUGCUGUCUAUUCAAAGAGAAGGAGGUCCCCAAGAAGAUGCCACAGGAAUGCCCGAAAGCUCCCGAAGUUGCGCCAAAAGACAUAGCCAAGUGUCCCUCAACUAGAAGCUUACCACCAGAUAAUGCGGUUCCAUGCUCGAAUCCAAACCCAAAUUCAACUCCGAGCCCGACUUCAAUCCCAUCCAAAAAGCCCAAGGAAUGCACAAAGAACGUCAGGUUUGUGUCGAAGGAAACGGAAACAGACAAGAUCAAUUGUGAACAAUGCGAGAAGAUACCGGAAAUUACCCAGGAAUUAUGCGCGCUGGAGAAGAGAUUGGAAAAGCAGAUCCAAGAGGAAAUCGAUCAAAAGCAAAAAUUGAACAUGAUGAACGAUCAGUUGAAACAGCUCUGCGAGUGUGUUAAGGGCCUAUCCGAUAAGUACAUCUGCCUGGAGACAGCAAAGGAAACGCUGCUCAAGGAGCCACCCAAGGAGCCACCCAAGGAGCCACCCAAGGAACCACUCAAGGAGCCACCCAAGGAGCUACCCAAGGAGCCCAAGCCCAGCCCUGCCGACAACUGUCAGAAGAAGAAUACAACAACGAACAAAGGCGACAUCCCGCUAGAGCGCAAGGCCUCGAGCUUGUGCGAGUUCUGCAAGAACAAGGAUCUGCCCAUCAUCAACACGAUGCAGUUCUCGCUGUUCAAGAUCAUGGGCAAGCGCUGCUUCGAGGAUAUUACGCUGACCAUUCUGCUGCGGGCGGACAAUCUUUACCAUGUGAACGUGCGGGACAUUGGAAGCGGCACUGUGCUGGGCUGUCUGCUGGUCACCGAUGCUGGCAUCAAGGAGGCCAACAGCCUGGGCCUGUUCCAGGAAAUACUCACGUUCUGUGUGAUUGAUGUGCGCAAUACUAUCAACACCAAUGGCUCUGUCUUUGGCGGCAUCAACUUUGAGUUCGUGCACGAGCAGCGUCUGACCGGCGGCAAUGCAUUAGACGGAUAUGCCCAACGGCAAACGUACGAGGAGGACGUGCAGAGUGAGCUGUACGAUUCGGAUAGCUACGAAACUGAUGCCCAGGGUGAUGCCUCCAAUGACUUGGAUUUCAGCUCAAUUGAGACUGAAGCGUCCGAGCUGCAAACGGAAGAGGAUGAUGAAUUUCAGCCAGAAGUGCGAUUCGAUCCGAAAUUUUCCAUCAACAAUGUCACCAAGUUCGGCCGGUCCGUAACCAAGACAUUCUCAGUUACCUCAACGACCUCUAGACGGAAGUCCAGGCUGAAGCGAAGCAAACCCAGGUUAAGCGUAUCCGAUGUGAUACGCAGAAUCAACACCUACAGUAGCUCCAUGGUGCUAACGGACACGGAGACCAGGUAUCCCGUGCGCAGCAUACGCGUCACCUCCGAGUUGGACUAUUCCUCCCACUCUGAAUACGAUGACGACGAUUCACCCAUAACUGCGAAGCAAAUUGAAUUUUAAAGGGUCCCUAGCUGCUCGAUCUGUCACAAGCUUUGGAAAUUACCAAAUUUUAAUGUGUUUCACUUAUGUACAUCGACUUUCAAAUGGAAUAAAAUUAAUCAGAU